AGUAAAACCAUAAUAUAUAUAUCCUCUUCAAACAAUUCCAACCAAGAUUUUCCCUCUUCCAUAACCACCCAUUUACACCUUCUUCCCUUUUCUCUAUCUCUUUCUCAAUACCUUCAUACCAUUUUCAUAGAAGGUGUGGCAGCAUCUAUACUUUCAUACCACUGUUGUGAAAUUUUCCGCUUUCAGAGUGUUUUCCGGAAUUUUUUUUAAUUUUCUUCUAUACUCUUACACAAACUACAUACCCAUAUAUUCUCUUUUGUAUAAUCUUUCUUAUUUUCUCCUCAAAAUUUCUUCAUUUGAAUUUCCAAGUCAAUUUAAAAAAACGUGUACGUUUUUUUAAGGAAACUAAUUGCAUUUAAUUUUCUCCCCCUUAACUCUUGAAUUAAUGGAUCUGAAUCUAAGUUCAUUACUUUCUCUUUCAACUUUUCUUCAUGAUCAUACAACUCAGUUCUAGCAGUUUUCUUAAAUUUGAAUUUUUAUUUUAGAUUCGAAAUAAGAUGAAAUCUUUCAAUAGUCUUAUCAUCCUUUUUCUACACUACUUUUGAGGGAUUAGUAUAAUUAUUAGAAAAAUACCCCAGUUGCUAAAAUUUUAAUUAUGAAUUCGAUCUUUUAAUUCAUUUUAAGUUUUUGAUAGUGGGGUUUUUAAGCAAUCCCUAAAUCUAGGGAAUGUUCUUCUUAUCUGUUCAUCAAUCUCAAUAACAAAAUCCCACUAUCAUAUUUAAAUCCUCUGUUUCUGGUUAAUUUUAUAAUCUAUAGUUUGAUCAUACCACUUUAAUUUUUCUGGGUUCCAAGUUUUGGAUUGAAUUGGUGAAAUGGGUUGUGCUAGUUCAAAGCAAUCGAAAUGUCGGCAUUGCAAAAAUAAUACAUAUGCACCAAUGAAUAGGAGAAGUUUUUCUAUGAAUGUUCAUCACCCUCCGGAGAAGAAAGGGGAUAGCUACCAUAUGGUAGCGCUUACAUCCUCUACUUUAGGCUCUAUCAGGCUUGAGAAAUCAGUUGAUGUUAGUUUGGCGCCAGCGGCCGAGGAUUGGGAUGGUUUUGAGAGGGAGGAGAUUGAUGAUGUUGAUAGUAAAAACGAUGAAGUGGGUGUUGAGAAAAACAUGGAUUUUACAAUGGGGAUGAUUGAGGCGAAAGCUUGGUCGAAAAUGAUUGAUGAAAAGAUUACAAGGGUUACUCCAAGAACACCAAUUAGGACACCACCAGGAGAGCCUGAAACAAUCAAUGUUAGAGAAUUGAUGGAGGGGCUUGAAGAUUAUAGUACUAGUCCUCUCAGGCUUGGAGAGAAGCAUCAAAGGAGCUUUUCUUUCCAUGUUUCAGCUGAUUCAAUACCGGCUCUUGUCGAUUCUCCUAGAGCAGGAGGGUUUCAGGAGAAUGAGCUAGAUUCACCUAAGAAUACAAAGGCUUGGUUUGAUGCUCAGGUGAAGGAUGAUGUUUUAUUAGGCAAUGGAAAUUCGAUUUCCAAGGCUUUGGUUUCUGAAUUUGACCCUGAAGUGAUAUCUGCCUUUAGGAAGGCACUCGAAGAGUUGUCUCCUACAAACCCUUUUCAUCUUAAGGCUCGUGAUCAACUACAAGUGACCAAGGAUGGGGUGUUGCAAGGCACCGACAAGUCGAAUGAAGAAGAAAAGAAAAUGAAUGAAUAUUUGACAGAAGAGAAAUUGCUUAAUGGGUUUGUAGAAGAUAAUGGUUAUGCUCAUGUUAAUGGUAUUGUGGACAGGAUUAUAGCCGAGGAAAAGGAUGAUAGCGCUGAGGAAAGCUCAAGUGUACCAGAUGAUGCAUUUGGUGAAACUAAUGAGGAAGAAAUGAGUGAUGUAACCAUUAUGCCAACAAAGGAGCGUGUAAUAUUCUACUUCACAAGUCUAAGAGGAGUGAGGGGAACAUACGAAAAUUGUUGUUACGUUCGGGUAAUCCUAAAAGGUUUAGGAGUUCGGGUAGAUGAGAGGGAUGUAUCGAUGCAUUCAGGGUUCAAGGAAGAAUUAAAGGAGCUAUUAGGUGAUGGAUUUAAGGGAGGUUUGCCAAAGGUGUUUAUAGGAGAAAGGUAUAUUGGUGGAAUAGAAGAGAUACGAAAAAUGCAUGAAGAUGGGAAGCUUGAGAAAGUUGUGGCACAUUGUGAAAGGCUAGAAGAUGAUGGUGGUAACCUUGUAGAUGUUUGCGAGGCCUGUGGAGAUAUAAGGUUUGUGCCAUGUGAAGUGUGCUCUGGGAGCUGUAAAAUCUACUAUGAAUUUGAACAAGAUGAUGAUGAUGAUGAAGAAUAUCAAGAGGAUGAAUAUGGAUUUCAGAGGUGUCCUGAUUGUAAUGAGAAUGGACUCAUUCGAUGCCCGAUUUGUUGCUAUUAAGCUCUCUCUAUAUACACAUAUGGUAAAGAUGGAUUUACCAUUUUUUAUAUAUUGUUGAGAUUUUUCUUCUUUUUGUGAGAUCCAUUGUUGUACAGUAGGGGAGUUUCAUAUAGUUAUAUGUCACAAAAAUGGUGUUUAAUUAUUGUGAUACAAAACUUAAACAUGAUUUCAGAUAAAACGUUGACUAAUGCUUUUAGCAGGGUAUUGCCGUAUUGGUUACCCCCUAGUGAAAAUUGUGUUUAUUUUGUAGAUUAUACGGUAUUUAAAAGGUUGUACUCGUAUUUUACUAAAUGAAUUCUGCCUAAUACUCUAA